AUGCCUCGUGGUAGAUACGAUUGCACCGGAAUCGCUCCUGGGGCUCCUGGGUCUGACACCGGUCUCCGGGCGAGAUACAAACGGCCCAGGGGUGGGACACCUCGCGCUGGUACGCCUCAGGACCAACAGAUGACUAUGUCUGGGAUGGGUCCUGAUGGUGAUGCCACACCCAAGGCAUCCAAACCGCCUGCUGGACAGUUUUCUUUGCCAUCCGGUUACCCAUUCGUUCAAGAUGCCCAAUUGGAUAGCCCGGCUGUCAACUGGGCCACAACGGACCAAAAUCGAAUCCCUCCCACGCAAUUUACCAACACUGGCAACCCUCAUACCUUUCUUGGUUACACUCCAGGCAGCACUCAGGAGUACUAUGGUCAUCUUUCAUCCGGUCAUUUUGGAACCACCGUUGGGGCUGCAACUCUGCAGUCGUAUCCCCUUCAUCCUCAUCGAGCAGUUGAACAAUCUCCGUCGAGCGUCCACCCAACGACUCACGACAACUGCUCAAUUCCAUGGAACGGGGCGGGUGUCGCGACAGGAGUCCCGGCUAAUGAGGGCGUGCACACCACCCCUUCGAUUGCUGCGUACGGCUAG